CGUCAUAUAAAAACCAACUUAAGUCUAAUUAUUAUUAUUGUUAUUUUAAUCUGCUUGUGUUACAGGGUAGCACUGGGUGCGCGCAAACCUGCUCCCAAUUCCAGCGGCAUGCGCGUGCAUAACCGCCAGUGUCCUGACACAUUGACAGAGAUCCCUGUGUUAUAACUGUGUGCGCGUGCGUGUCUGUCGGUCUGCGUGUGGGGGUGUGUACGCACGCGCGAGCGCGCAUUACCGGACGAAGCAGUCAGUCUGUCUGUCUCUCUGUCAGUCUGUCUCUCUGUCUGUCUGUCUGUCUGUCUCUCAGACAUGUCCUGACAUAUUUACUCGCGCUUCAUUAACGCACACAACAUGCGCACGUAACACGCACUCAUUUCCCUGUACGUGUGCGUAAUUUUGAGGAAUUUAACCUGCCUUCAUAUAUGUGUGCGUGUGUGUGAGAGAGAAAAACAGAGAGAGAGAGAGUCUGACUGUGUGUGUGGGAUGGUGAGAGAGAGGGAAAACAAGCUCGCAGCAUUGCGUGAGAGAAAACCGGAAACGACGGCGUUUGGUGUCGAAAAAAAAAAAAAAAACCUCUCACAAAGAUGAAUGAUGACAGUUUGAAUGAACCAGUGGUGGUUGGUACUUUGGUCCAGUAAGGACUGAAGAAUCUGUAGGUACCAGAACCACACGAGUUAAUGGGACUGUAGGCUCUGGGUCAGAGAAAUGUAACCAACAACCUACUGUCCUGAACAGACGGAGACGAGUAAAUGUGUCGGACAUGAGAAGAACGUGGAACACUUUGUGGAUAACUCGUACAGAUGAGGAACCAUAAACACUCGUAGGCCCAGAAGAAUGUUACCCAUAUUAUGGGUGUGACCUACGACAGAACGAAUGACUCUGAACCAGAACCCAAACCAAACACUGCUGGGAAACGCCCAGUAAUUUAGUGGAGGGCUGGACGCCAGACCAACAGUACCUCAGUCCAUCACUAGACCUCAGACUUUGACCUGGGAUACGAAAAUGAAUAGUCCAAAAAUAUUUAUAUAUAGACCAAAGUGUAAUCUUUAAGAUAUUCUGUUGACGGUCAUGAACCCCCUUUUAUUGUGUUUUUAUUGUGAUAGCUCAGACCGGAAGCAGCUUUCUUCCCCGUCAGUUAUUGUCGCUGCUUCUCCGCAGUGACGGAGAGAAAAGUGUUGGUUCAGAGCUGAAGCUUCACCUGCAGAGGAGACUUCUCUCUGAGUUCGUCUCCUUCUCCAGGUGUCUCCUCCUCCUUCAUCCUCCUCCUCCUCCUGUUCCUCUCCGCCCACGCACACUCACGCACUCCACCAUGAUCCAGUGUCCGCGUUGAGAGUGCGAGGGUCCGGCUCUGGAUGGACGGAUGGAAGGACGUGGAUGGCUGAAGUGAUGGAAUGAUGGAUGGAUGAAGGGAUGUUGGACGCGGUGAACUGAAGGAGACGAGGGUUCCGUUUCCGUUUUCUCUUCCUCUCUUUUGGAGUUAUUUCUGCCUUCUUCCCAUAUCUGGAAUACUUUGUUGUGGAAAAAUCUGCUUUUGUCUUUUCGUCCCCAAACACCUGCUAUGACAGUGGGCUGGAAGAUACCUGCUGGGAGGGGAGGAAGGUGAGGGCUCCAGCACUGAAGAAGUCCCUCCGGUUCUGGUUUCACUUUUUCCGAAUCUCCGUAAAUUGUGCGUGAUGUGUGUGGAGUGAGAGCAGAGGAUGGAUAUAAUCUGGGAACUACUGCUGUUUCUGCAAGCCAACCUGAUCGUCUGUAUAUCAGCUCAACCCAACACACCCAAGAUCCAUGAAGGAUGGUGGGCCUACAAGGAGGUGGUGCAGGGCAGCUUCGUACCAGUGCCGUCCUUCUGGGGUCUGGUCAACUCUGCGUGGAACAUGUGCUCUGUGGGGAAACGCCAGUCUCCAGUCAACAUCGAGACCAGUCACAUGAUCUUUGACCCCUUCCUCAAACCCAUCAAGCUGAACACAGGGGGCAGAAAGGUGGGAGGAACCAUGUACAACACGGGUCGACACGUGUCCCUGCGCCUGGACAAAGAACAUCUGGUCAACAUCUCCGGAGGUCCCAUGACCUACAGCCACCGUCUGGAGGAGAUCAGGCUGCACUUUGGCAGUGAGGACGGUCAGGGAUCAGAACAUCUGCUGAAUGGACAGGCCUUCUCUGGAGAGGUCCAGUUGAUCCACUACAACCAUGAACUGUACAGCAACUACACGGAGGCUGCCAGGAGUCCCAACGGUCUGGUCAUCAUCUCCAUCUUCAUGAAGAUUUCAGAGACGUCCAACUCCUUCUUGAACAGGAUGCUGAACAGAGACACCAUCACCAGAAUAACCUACAAGAACGAUGCCUAUCUCCUGACUGGCCUCAACAUCGAGGAGGUGUACCCAGAGACCAGCAGUUUUAUAACCUACGACGGCUCCAUGACCAUUCCUCCCUGCUUCGAGACGGCCACGUGGCUCCUGAUGAACAAACCCGUUUACCUGACACGGAUGCAGAUGCACUCUCUGCGCCUGCUGAGCCAGAACCAGCCGUCGCAGAUCUUCCUGAGCAUGAGCGACAACGUGCGUCCGGUGCAGCCGCUCAACAACCGCUGCAUUCGCACCAACAUCAACUUCAGUCUGCAGGGAAAAGACUGUCCCAACAACCGGGCUCAGAAGCUCCAGUAUCGAGUCAACGAGUGGCUGCUGAAGUAACGUCGUCCUACUGUGACAGGGAUGAACCUGGGACACAGGUGAAGAGGAGGACGGGUGGAGGACCAUCUCAUCCACUGUCUUCUCUCUUCACCUCAUUGUACAAAGACCAAAAAAAAAAAAGCAGCUGAUUUUCAUCUGGAACUUUUGAACUUCACCAGAACCCAGACUCUUCUUCUUCUUCCUCUUCUUCUUCUUCUUCUUCUUCUUCUUGUCAUACAUGUGGAACAUCCUGGAUCUGAUGACAAGCCCCGCCCACUCUCAACAUUUUGAUACCAACAAUUUUUUGGGAGAAAAAUAAAACUGAGGCAUUUAUUACCUGAAAUCAACACCACAGUGUUGGAAGUUAAAAAAAAAAACUUUCAUAAAGAAAGUUUGGAUUAGUGUGAAAAAAAUCACUGCCCCGCCCAUCAUCCUAAACCCCGCCCCACCGUGUGAGUCUCACCUUGUCGAUGGAAUCCACUGAACUCUGAAGACCCAUUCCUGUCACUGAAAAAACACGGCAUGACGUCAGAAAAUCCAAGAACGGGAAGAGAGUCAGGGAAUGCUGCCAAAGUUCCCACGAGUUAAAAAAAAAAAUCAUCUCUGAGCUUCAGAACAUCUUUGGUCGGUUUGUAAAUAUGAAUCUUAUUAAAGUAACGCAGCAGAGUUAAAAAAAAAAAUCAAGACUUAACGGUCAAAAAGUUCUGGAACUCUGGUUUGUCUUAGGAAUUCUGGGGCAGUUCUGGAUUUCCAAGAGGUAAAAAGUGGUUUUGUUUGUUUGUUUGUUUACGAUGGUCCUACAUUGUGUUUGAGUGAUGUUUAUCAGCCCAAUAAAUGUGUCACAAAGUUCUGUCACUGGUCUAAAAUUUGUCACGUGGAACAAUUUCAAAUUUGUGAGCGAAAACCAGGAGCAAGUCUGGAAAACAGCCUGGAGAACAGCCUGGAGAACAGCCUGGAGAACAGCCUGGAAAACAGCCUGGAAAACAGCCUGGAAAACAGCCUGGAAAAGAGCCUGGAAAACAGCCUGGAAAACAGCCUGGAGAACAGCCUGGAGAACAGUCUGAAACAGGUGAGAACAAAAUCUCCAAAAACAACUAUGUUAAAGAUAUGAAAUUUGAACCACCUGCUGUUGGUAUUGUUCACACUGACAAUGUGUAACCAUGGUAUCAUCCAACAGGUGGCGCCACUGCUUUUUUGUUAACGAUGUGUCGAGCUGACGCCCACGACGGCCGGCGACGCACAUCAGGCAGUGACACGUGCAUGAAAAAGAAACAAAAACCUCAAACGCCGUGACGAGACGUCAGUAGCUGAAAAAGUUGUCUGUUGUCUUUAAAAGGAAAAGGUGGACGGAGUUGGUAGUUGUGAACCUGGUCCAGAUGAAGAGCUCAGAUAGAAAAGUAAGAGACGUUUGGACUGUUAUUCUCUACUGUUGGUCUUUCCACCAUGUGUUAUUAAUUAUAGCUGAAUAGACUGCUGUCCUCGUCCACUUGUCCUCCCUCCUUCCUGUCCUCGUCCACUCGUCCUCCCUCUUUCCUGUCUUCAUCCAUAUGUCCUGCCUCCUCCCUGUCCUCGUCCUCUCCAGUCUUUUCUCCACUGCCUCCUCCUGAACUCUAACAGCUGUGACGUGGAACCAAAGCUGUUCUCCGUGGGACAGAACCAGUCCCAGUGUAGGACACAGUCCACUGACCCAAAAAUGACCGCAGCAACAAAACAUUUGUUUACAGAGGAGUGAGGAGGACCUGAGUGGUCAUCGUCUUCUCUGACGCUCGUGGUCGGUGUUGGCUAACGAGGAGCAGCUGAUUGGCUGACUAAGCUCAUUCUUGUAGCCGUUUGCUAACAUGUAGCAUCUCCUCCAGUCAUUGACACCUGUGUUUGUCCACGGUGUCUGAGUCCAGCUGAGGUCAGAACAGACUACAGCCACCACCCCUCUGUCUGUGUCUGUGUCUGUGUCUGUGUCUGUGUGUCAGUGUCAGUGUGAAGCUUCUGUUAAGAGAA